AUGGCCGAUCACAAGACCAUUUUCAUUGUAAAGGGGCCCCUAGCGCUCCUUGAUGGCGAACAUAACAAAAAAUUCUUUUCCAGCGAGACACCGCCGACUGAAGACGGCGAUGUUACCAGUCAGCAUACGGAUUCAGUCUACAGAGACCACGGCACGCCUGAGCCUGACAGGUCCCAACCUCUCGUCCUUCGAGUCACUACAGACCACAUUCCGAAUGACAAUGUUCUUGGUUUCGUAAUAGGCAGAAAUCCGCACAAGUGCGACAUCGUGCUCAACGAUGCCAGGAUCAGCGAGACCCAUCUUCAUAUGCGUCUGAACUUGAAAGCGAACGCCAACACCCUCGUCGUGAAAAACAGGUCGAGACACGGCACCAUGAGCACCAAGGUGUUGAUGAAUCUCGAAACGGCAGACAUCAGAAUUGGCAACGACCUGCACUUUCAAAUCCAGCACUUUGACGAUCCUGUGGGCUGGAAAAAUUAUUGCGAGGCGUACGCUCGCAGGGUCGGGGCCUUGGGCAUUGCCGGGCUGGGGCUGAGCACGCAGCCGGAAACUACCAAUGCUUCCAAGAAGCCGCCUGUGUACAUUCUGGAUCGCCGGCUGGGGAAGGGAGCAGAUGGUGAAGUUUACAGAGCUGUUGAAAGACGCACCGGCGAUGUGUACGCCAUGAAGCUGUACCACAAGCCCGAGAAAGCGCGGUGGCAAGAGCCAGCGACGUUGCAGCGCCUGAACCACGAACACAUUGUUCGGUACGUGGCGUACAGCCACGUGUCCGGCCAGUCUCCGCAGCUCAUCAUGGAAUACGUCGAGGGGCCCAAUCUCCAAGAAUACAUGGAUCCGCGAAACAACUAUGCACCGCUGCGCAUGAGCGAGGCCCGCGAAGUGCUGCGGCAGCUGCUCGAGGCAUUGGCGUACCUCAACGACAAAAACGUCACACAUAGGGACGUCAAGCCCGCCAACAUCAUCCUGGUGAGCCGCCAUCCCAUCCAUACAAAGCUCGUCGACUUUGGCUAUGCCACCGACGUGUCGUCGUUCAAAACCAACUGCGGCACGCCUCUGUACCUCGCGCCCGAGCUCUUUACGCGGCGCGGGGGCUGGUCGUACAAGGUGGACAUCUUUGCGAUGGCCGUUGUCGCACUCAAUCUGCUGGGCAUUUCGGUGGACCUCACAAACGCCACCGAACCGCGGGACUACCUCCGCACCGUCCUGCGACAGAGACGGCUGCUCACCGCCACCAACCAGUCCCCCCCAGCACAGUAUGACCUCGUCGUCCAGCUGCUUGCGAAGCGUCCUGACGACCGGCCAUCGGCACGCAAGUGCCUGGACCACGGGGUUUUCCAGGACAGCUCCGAUCCCGACGACGCCCUGGACACCCAUGGCCUUGUCCCGGACCUGCAAACGCAGAUCUUCCUCACUGGCCGAUGGCAUGGGGAGGGAGACAACGCAUCUGAAAUCGCCACCGAAAUUGCCGACACCCCCUCUGGCCCGCUCCCCGCUGAAGCAGAAACAGCUUCGGGACCAUCGCCGGUGCAAGAGGAGGGCGGUACAGGGCGUGUCCAGCAACGCAACGAGGAAGCCUCCGCCUCUGGCAUUGCUGAAGAACUGGGUCCGCGCAGCAGCCGCCACGCUGUGUCGCUUCGCUCGACAGCCAGGCGCAGUGGUCGCCAAUCCUCGUCGUCUGUGGCAGAAGGACGGAAGCGCCAGAAGCAGUCGCAUGCCGUCGCGUCGCGCGGCGGCCGUCCUACGCGAAGCGCCAGGUCCACGGCGCCGUCGCCGCCUUCCCGUCGGCGCCACCGUGCACCCCGGUCGUCGAUAGCGAGUGUGUUGAGCGGCGCUGCGGACCAAGCAAGCUGGGACUACAAUUCAUCGGGCAACGUUGUCGACACCGACAGCGAUCUCCCAGACACGGCUUCGUACGGGAGCGUGCAGCAGCAUCAAUGGGCUUCGGAUGGCGGCCGCCAGGCCCCAGAGCAGACCGGGAACGACGAGGACGAGUCGGGGUUGGACUUGCACGACGGCUGCUGGAUGGACCCCAUGCAUGCCCUGGGCGGUUUUUCCUCUGUCUCUCGACUCGGACAGGAUGAUGGUGGCCACGCCGCUGCUGUGUCGCAGCCGGCGUCUGACACGACACCGAGCUUUUCGUCGCUGGGGGGACUUGGCUCUCUGCACGGCCAGAACGGCGGCUUUCCUGGUGCUGUCGACACGGAAUAUGCAUUGGGGAGUGCACAUGGCAAUACCGCUUCUCCACACGGUGAUGGAUGGUUCCAGUCAAUGCCCGGCGCCAGUGCAUCUUUGCGGCAGGAUGGUGAGCCGACGGAGCGAACGCCAAGAGGAGACGCUGGCGAGAAUGUGCUAGAGGGAGCUGGUGGCGAGGAUGAGGACGAAAUCACCCAUUCAGAAGAAGCUGAAGACGAAGAAGUGGAGGAAGAGGCGGAGGAGGAAGCUGCUGAUGAUGACGAAAUCAACGGCAACGAUAAUGGCCAUGUUGAUGACGGCGACCACGACCACGACGAUGCUGCCAAUGAUGACGAUUAUGAUGAAGGAAGCAACGAAGAACACGAAAAUGACGAGUACGGCGAAGAUUCGAGAGUGGAAGAACUGCCAGGCAGCGAGGCGCGAGCCACCAGCAGACCCAUUCGGCGCAGGAAAUCAACGUCACAGCUGCUCGAGACAGAAUACCUAUGGAAUCCUCGACCCAGCAAUGCUGAUUACAUUCGUAUUCUGCAGACAGUCUCGAUGGACAAGAAACAGCUGCAGGUGUGGUUCCAAAACCGACGACAGCGCGACCGGCGCGUUGCAGGCACCAUGGACGCUGCGGUGCUCAAUGGCGCCGGUCCGGCAGGGCUGCCGCAUCAGGGCCCCUUGGAGGCACCGCGAGUCCGUGCGGACGCGGUGGAUGGCUGGUUGAAUUUCGCCGACAUUUGCACGGCGGCUCAGACAGACGUUGCCACGCGCAGCACCUGUUUGCGGCUCCUCUCCGGCCACGGCGUAGUGUCUCAGCGGCACGGCCAGCCGUGGAUUCCCUUUGAAGACGGCUGGUUCCUCUGCCAGAGGCUGGACCUGGAUCCUGCGCCGCUUGUCAUGCCCGGUCUGCCUGCGCCAGAAGAGCCACCCAAUGUCUUGAAAAACUACCUCUUUCUGUCUGCGCCGCUACCGCCCGCGUACAACGUCUUGUGGUGGAAUGAAAAGGCAAUACCCUACCGGCCCCAGGCCCAGACGGUCAAUGCAACUCGGCUCGUGCUGGCCAUGGGCCUGCAGAGAAAUGUUGUUCAGAACUGGCUCGCGAAACGGACGGUCGUAAGGACGUACGUCAGGGGAAACAACACGGUGCAAGGCACCUACCUAGGACUGAACGACGCACUUCAGCUCUGUAUGAGCAAAACGUUGGAUGUGUAUCCGGUGCAGAUCAUUGCAGGAGAGUGCGGUAUAGUGCUCGAUGAUUUGGCUGCCGCGACGGGAGGCUGA